GACAUUUAUUUUGAUUUGUUUCUACGGCAACUCUGUCAAACCCAAAGCUCUGCCGAUUUUUUGAUAUCACAGCCCCGUGAGCCCCUUGCUCACAGACCAGCCAUUCACCCCUGUUUAUGUUCGGUUGGCAAUAAUACUCUCUUUGGUUCCUCUCACCCUUUACCAUCUGCAACAUCUCAAACAGUCGCAACUUCUUCAACUUCUUUCAUACCAUCAACAUCAACCAUAAAGACAUUCUUUGUGCCAUCAAAUCUUUUUAAGCUCAACCCUCACCAAACCGUGUUAACCACCACAUAACUCUUCAAAAUGGAUCGCAUCAAGGAAAAAAUGAACACCCUCCGUAUCGAGGCCGAUGAAGCUACCGCAAAGGUUCAAGAGCUCCAAGAGAAGGUCAAGGCUCUCGAGCAAGAGAACCUCCAAAAGGAGCAAGAAAUCACAUCCCUUACGCACAAGAACAACUUGUUGGAAACCGAAGUCGAGAAGUUAGAGGGCGGGAUUAAGGAGGCCAAGGCUGUGGCAGAGGAGGGCAGUCAACACGGUACACAGAACGAGACUCUCCAACGAAGAUUACAACUUUUGGAGGAGGAAGCCGAGGAAGCUGACAAGAACCUCCGCGAGACAAAUGACAAACUCCGUCAAACCGAUGUCAAGGCCGGUCACUUUGAACGCAAGGUCCAGGCUCUCGAGCAAGAUCGUGAUCAGUGGGAGGCAAAGUUCGAGGAGAUGGCCAAGAAGUAUGCUACUGUGCAAAAGGAAUUGGAGGACUUCCAAGCAGAGAUUGGCAACAUUUAAAAUGGUUUUUAUGUCACAGUCGACAUUCUGUUCUAGAGCUUUUUAGGUGCAUGGGUUGCGGAAUAAUUACAGUUAAGCCUCGUA